AUGUUAUCAUCAUCAUCAUCAACUUCAUAUGAAACACAACCUACGUGGUGGAAAUCAAAUUUUACAACAACAUUUUGUGCAGCAUUAUCGACUGCAUUUGUUCCAUCAUCUAAUCCUUUAUCACAAGAUAUUUCCUCAUCACCAUUAACUAUUGCAUCUAAUAACGUGGAGAAACGAACGAAUAAUAUCGAUCAUCAUUAUCAAUGUGAGUAA